ACAAACUCCUUUAGGAUAAGGGAGCGCGAAACUUCCUUAGGGAGUUCGACCUCAAGGAAGUUGUGGCCGUGUCACACGGCCAAUAACAAGUUUUCAAAAGAAGGCACCAGAGGUACUAUCAGCGGCGUUUGAUGUUUGUAGAAUUACAAAAAUGUAACUUCUAAUUACGCUCGUAGCUAUUAUAAUUAACGCUCCUUCCAUAAAAAUACUAUUUAUUAUAUUUGAUGCGAAAAACAUACACCUCGCUAAAAAUCAAAGUGCGCUCGCUAAACAUAGCAGUGCUGACAGCGACGCUAGCCACCCUGUGCUUCUCUGUGUUCCUUUGAGGCGUGGAGAGUAGGCUCUGCCCGGCUCUGCGUUGUUUUACCCGAACAAUUCUCAACAUUUCGUGCACUGUGAUCUCGUGAGCUUUUCUUUUAUUUUGUGCACUGUGCCGUGCAAUCAUGAGUGACGAAGCGGAAGAAGUCAAGAAAAGGUGUGAGAUUGCACUCGCCGUGGCGACGAUCGCUUCCAUGGAUGUAGAGCUCGAAGCUGCCAGGGCAAAAGUGCGCACCAUCAAGCGUCAUCUCGUUAUUAACAGCCUCAUGAUGAAUGCUGCUGUGUUGUCCGGGAGACGUGCGACAAGGCAAGUGUGGGCUUACCCACGAUGCGCUCGUUGGUUCGAGGAGACGCUGCCGAACCUGGGCGGGCAGAACUUCCGGCAGUCAUUUAGGGUGUCGAAAACGACAUUUAAAUACUUGGUAGACGUCUGCAGGCCCGUGAUGCAGCGCCAAACAACAAAUAUGAGAGAAACGGUGUCACUAGAGAAGCGGGUCGCUGUUGCUUUAUAUAAGCUAUGUUCCUCUGCCGAGGAUAGAACAGUGGCCAAUUUGUUUGACUUGGGGCGGUCGACAGUGAACACUAUUUACCGAGAGUUUUGCCAGACCGUUGUUGAUGCCCUUGAAAAGCAGUGGGUCAAGAUGAUUGCAGCAAAUGAAAUGGCCGACCAUGUGCGGGAGUUUUGUGCGGUCACUGGCUUCCCACAGGCAGUUGGAGCACUGGAUGGCUGUCAUUUUCCUGUCUCGCCACCAAAGGAAAACGCCAUCGAUUACUACAAUUACAAAGGCUGGUACAGUGUGAUCCUGCUGGCUCUGGUGGACCACAAAUACCGGUUCCGCUACACUAACGUUGGCUCCCCAGGCAGGUACCAUGACGCACACGUGUUUCACAACUCCAUCUUGGCAAGAGCGAUUCAGGAACCAGCAUUUCAGAGCCCAACCAUUUGUGUUGGCACUUCUCUUGUGCCCACAUUAAUUUUGUGUGAUCAAGCUUUCCCUCUUACACCCAACCUCAUGAAACCGUUCCCCGGCUCGAACCACACCCCAGAAGAGAGCAACUUCAACUAUGAACUCUCCAAAACACGAAGAAUUGUGGAGAACGCUUUUGGAAGGCUCAAGGCACGCUUCAGAUUUGUGAUGAAGCGAAUGGAGUGCGACAUCAGCAAUGUGCCUAUUGUGAUAACAGCAUGUUGUGUGCUAAAUAACAUAUGCGAACAUUUCAAUGAUUCCGUAUCUCAGCAGUGGCUGAAUGAAGCGGAGUUGCAGAAUACAGUAUAUCAGCAACCACUUCACACAACAGGCAUGCAAGUUGGAUGUGGAAGAGAUGUCCGAGAUGCACUUGUGCAUUAUUUUCAGCUGCAUGGAGACCACUGUAGUCGGGUACAACUGUAGAAGACAGGAGAGGCCCCGCCCAGUUGACCGAAACGCAGCAGCCAAUUCCUCCACGACUAAAGAAAUAGUCCCGCUCAAAAAAUUGACUUCUUCUAAGACGCGUAUUUGUCGGUAUAAAUAAGAUUUAUGUAUCUUGACGAGUGGCGAGACAGGCGACUACCACGAGGAAAUGGACGGCAAUCGCUUUGAGGGCUGGUUCAAUGACGUUCUGCAGAAGUUGCCAGCUGGUAGCGUCAUUGUUUUAGGCAAUGCACCUUACCAUAGCCGGCGAGAAGAGAAAUUGCCAACGACGGCCUGGAAGAAGGAAAAGAUACAGGAGUGGCUCACAAGCAAGAACAUCACCUACGGUGAAAGGAUGAUAAAGCAGCAGCUGCUUGAGCUGGUGGCAUCUGUAGUCACGCUUUCUGAGCUACAUCGUAGACAACACAGCUGUAAGGGCCGGUUGCAUUGUACUGAGGCUCCCGCCGUACCACUGCGAAUUUAAUCCCAUUGAGCUUGUGUGGGCCAAGGUCAAAAAUGGCAUCGCUGCGGACAACAGAGAUUUCAAGCUGUCCACGGUCAACGCCAUCUUGAGGGAGAAAAUCAAGCAGAUAACGGCGGAAGACUGGAGGAAGAGCAUUCAGCAUGUGAUGGACUUGGAGGCAAAGUUAGACUUGACAUGUGUGGGAGUGAGCACAUUCAACCCAUCAUCAUCCAGCUGGGUGAAGAUGACACUGAAGAAAGCGACUCCGACUGCGAGCUGUCUGGCAUUGAGCCACUCAACGAAGCAUAAAGGUUUCUUAUUAACGAAAGAACAGCCCUUAUUAGGGCUACCAAAAUUUUGCCGGUGGGUUCGCAACAGCCAACCAUCCAUUCCGUGACCUCUCAAAUAAAUAAGCAGUUCCAUUUAUGGCAUAUUCCUUAUAAUAGAAGCUCAAUUCUGAUAAGCAACGUCCUGCACACAUCGUGCUCGAUUUAAGAAGUGGCAUAGAAACACAUUUAAAUGCUGGCAUAUCUGAAUUGAAACACUAUUGUUAACCCUGAUUAUCGUUGGCGGGCUCAAUAUGCUCAUUCGGGCAGCCACCGUCGAGUUUGACGCGCCCCAUAGUGAAAUAGCAGAAGUCGCAGCACGCUUUAUGGCUCUGUUAGCAGUCUGCACUGGAAAUCGCAGUCAUGUCAUAGCAGUGCUGGUGAAAUAGCAGUAGACAACACGAAACUGACAGCCACUGUUAGCAGCUUGCACGCCAAAGCACAUUCAUGUGGUUGCGUUGUUUAUUUUGGUUAUCUGGGUCACACAAGUAAUGCGAAUAAGAGAACAAACGUAAAACAUCAUUAGCUUAGUGAGGCCCAAAAUGCUCAUUCAGGCAGCCAUUGUCGACUCUGACGCGCCCCAUAGUGAAGUCACAGAUUGUUAGCAUUGGUGGAAAGCAAUCAAUCGACGGUGCUACACAACACUUGAACGACGCUGCUAGAAGCUCGGCUAUCUUAUCACACUGCUGCCAACGAUCGGUCGUUUGCAUGCUGAGCUGGCAGCAACGAAUCUUUGCGUUGGAGGUUGCUUUCACAAAUCUUUUCUGUUGAGAAACUCGCAGGUUGGUUUCAUCCGCACAC